UACCGAGGGGCAAGGGCCAGAAUGACAACAUGGCUACCAAGGGAAUGUAUAAACUGGAUGAUGGAAACUGUUACCCAACCAACUGCUUUCCAGCCAGAAGCCUUUUGCAGCCUAAAUACCAAGAAGGUGCUGGUCACUGGCAGGUGGCCCGACAGACUGCAGAGAAAACCAAGAUUGAAUUGCUGUUUGGCACAAAGGUCACCCAGGUCAAAUGGAGGGAGCCAGAGCAGUCAAGCAAAGCGCACAAGCAGAUGGAUGAGAAAACUCUGGAUGGUGUGCAGCUGAUGACACUUCACCAUGUGAGAAGCCCUUCCCAUCUGUGCUCAGUCGACAUAAGCAACCAAAAUUUCACCUCGGCAAAAGAAGAAGACUUUGAGCAGUUCGAUUCUGUUGCCUAUAUCAACGGCACUGAGAAUCUGUUGACCUUAGAGGUUUUUCGAAACUUUCCUGGACUAAGGGAACUGGAACUUUCCUUGAAUGGCCUACGAAAUCUUCAAGUCUAUGCUGAAGAUUUUCCACACUUGGAAGUCCUGGACCUUUCUUACAACAAUUUGUCUCCUGAGGAUGUCCGGAUCCUGGGAGUUUUGUCCCACCUUAAGGCUCUCCAUCUUACUGCCAAUGGUCUUCAUUCACUUCCUCUGGACUUAGCAGUCCCUGAGAGUGAGGGAUGCCUGAGGUUUCCAGUUCUGGAAGUCUUGCUUCUGGACGACAAUCACCUUUCUCACCCAAACGUCUUUGUCAGCCUUGCCAAUCUGCAAAGCUUGAAGCAGUUAAACUUGGACAAGAACGGAAUAAAAGAGGUGCCAUACCUCCAUCACGUGGGCAGUUCCUGCUUCUCCAUCCAUCCUUUAUCAGCAAAGUCAGGCAUCAGAGCAGGACUGCGCAGUCGGAAAAGUGCAAGUAAACGCCUCCGUAAGGAUGGGCCUGCUGGUCUUAUAAAGCAACCAGAUUAUAUCGUUAUCGAAAACAGAAAAGAUCCAGACAGGACUGAGGUUAUCUUUCCAGCACCAGAACCAUCCACAGAGGAACAUUCUCCUUGCCCUCGUGUCGCGUCCAAGGUGUCCAGCACCAGUUCCAACCCAGAGUUCACUCCUCCCUUACCAGAACUGCGGUUUCUCAGCCUGGCCAAUAACCAGAUCGAACAUGAAGAAGAUUUGCUGGCAGUGGCUCUCUUCCCGUCCCUGACUGAGUUGACAUUCUACGGCAACCCUUUCACCAUCUCCCGGAGCGGUGACCCACCUUUACUCACCAGUUUCCUUCAGAACAAACUGGAAAUCAAAUUGGUUAGGAAGAAAAUUUCCAAACUGGAGAAACCACGUAUCUUUAUUCCUGUCAAAGCUAACCGAAUGGUGAAAUCACAGCUGCCCAAGGUCCGAAAGCAUCCUCCGUUGUUAGAAGCACCUCAUGGGAUCACCUUGUGGCAGCUGUGGACUGGCAGAGAACUAGACCCGGAUAAAAGGCUGAGUCUGGAUGAGCCUGAGCCGCUUCCACCAAUUGGGUUGCUUUCAGAGAAGAGACCAUCUGGGCCUCUGCUUCCAGUGGGAUCGCCUCUUCCAGAGGAAGAUUCGUACGAGUCCAUGUCUGUUUCUCUGGCGAGCUCUUUUUCUGAAGAGGACGUGCUUGGAAUUGCUGCUGAAACCCAGCCCUCACGUGACGAGUUCCUGUUUGGACACAUGCCUUCUGUCCAGUCCUCGGCGGAACAGGUUCUGUUUGUGACGGAGUCUCUUCCACCACGUGAAUCGUUUUUAGCAGAGCAGAGCAGGUCAGAACCUGCAGCACUGACUGGGUCAUUUUCUGUUGAACAAGAUCUGUCCAAGCCUCUUCCACAAGUUGGGUUGCCUUCCCAAGAGGAGUGUCCGUCUGAACCUGGCCCUUUGAUUGAAACCGCUUCAGCAGGAGAGGAUCCCUCUGAAAGGCCUCAGCCGGUUACAUUGCCUUCAGCAGAAUGGAAUCAAUCAGAACCUGUUCCAUCACCCCACUCACCUUUGCCAGAGCAGGAUCCGGAGGAACUUGUCCCAAAAACUGCACCCCCUGCCGCAGAGCAGGAUAUAUCAGACAUUCUUCCCCUUGUGAGUUCUCCAUCAGAGCAAGAUCAGGAGCAACCAGCUCCACCACCCAGCCCGCCUUUGCAAGAACAGGCGCUUUCAGAGCCGGAUGCAUCAUCUGGAUCUCCUCCUUCAGGGAAUCAGGAUUUAGCUGAGCCUCUUCUGCCAGUCAGAUCAACUUCAGAAGAACAGAAUCUACUUGAGCCAACUUGCCCACCAACUGGCUCACCUACCGUGGGGGAAGAGCAGCUGGAACCCAUUCCACCUCCUGAUCAGUUGGAAGCAGCUCCAUCAUUGCAUUUGAGCUCACCCUCUCAAGGAUAUGUUUCACCACGUGUUUCCUCUGGAACGAAUUUGCUCACCAUUCGUCCUCCAGAAGAAGAGCAAGAUCAGUUGGAAUCAGCUGCCCUGCCACACAGCUCACCUCCUCAAGCACAGGAUCUAGCCGAACCCAUCCCACCAACUAGAUCACCCGCAGAGGAACAAGAUCUGCCUGAGACUGUCCCACCAAUCGGGUCACCUUCAGCAGAACAAGCUCAGUUGGAACCUGUUCCAUCACCCAGCUCACCCUUACAAGAACAGAUGGAACCAGGGGCUGUCCCAUCCACUCGACCUCUUGCUGAGGAGCAGGACUUGACCCAGUCUCUUCCACCUGCAGCCAAGCUGACUUCCCCUCCAGCCAAGCCACCUCCAGAGAAGCAAGCUCUCUUGCAGCCGAUCUCAUCUCCUACGGUGACGUCCAAGGAACCAACCAUAAAGCCGCCUUCAGGGCAGCGGACAUUCCCCAGCCAUUCUUUACCAGCCAGAUUAUAUUCUAUGGAUGGACCUCUUAUGGUGGACAAAAGCCCCAUAGCAAGAAAGGUUUCCUCAGAGCUCCUUCUACCAUCCCGAUCAACUUCCGGAGACCUUUAUAAAUUAAUUGCCCAAAGCUCCCAGACUUCAGGAUUAUUGAGUAAACAUCCUAGUGAGGCUGGGGUGUUCAGCAGCAGUGGGGAGUCCGUGGAGGAGAGGGCAUCUGAAUCCAUUUUUAUAACACAGGUGGAUGAGGCCUCCCGGUCCCAGCUGGAAAAGGAGUCAUCCUCACUAAAGCAGCCAAGCAAAAAAAAGAGGAGAAAAAUCCAGCAGCUGCCUGAGAAAUACAAGGGUUAUGAGAAGCUGCUUGAUGGUGUCUUGGCCAAUGACCCCGAUUUUCUUGAGCCAGUGGGAAUCCAGCAAAAUGUCAAAGCUCUGCGGAGCGCUCUCCAGCACCCUCUCGUGUACCGUGAAUCAAAGGCCAGGCUAGACAGCCUGCAGAAGCCGUUUGUACCUAUGGAAAAGAAGGUCUUGAGGGUCCGUGCUCCACAGCCUCAAGAGACCAAAGUGCAGAAGCUGGAAGAAAUCCUGCUGAAGAUGAGGACCCCAACAAACAUCUUAGAGGUCCCACUCGCACGUGUCCUGCAGAGGAAGGAGUCCAACUGGCGUGAAUACCAGGAGGCCCUGGUACUGCUGGAGGAAUUCCGGAAAGAUUAUCAGGCUGCAGUGGCCACCUGUGAUGAAGCCAGUGAGGCUAGAACAGUUAGUAAGCAGCCCACUAGAGCAGGAAAGAAGAGUCAAAGCUAGAUGUUCAGAGACCUUGCUGGGCUCAAGUUCGGUGGACAGAAGCUAGCAGAAUCCCCAUCUUGGGUCACCAAGGAAGACAAAGGCGUUUGAGUCAUUCUAUCAGAGAAAAGUAUUCCAAACACAGUGAAGGACUGAAGAACCACCUGCUCUAGAAGACAAGGGACCCUUCUUUUGUAGACUUUGAAGAGGCACCUGUCCUGUCCUAGAAGACUUAAGAACAAUUGUGUGAAGGAUCAGCAGCUGUAAGGGCAGAGAUGACUUUUCCUUCUAAGAUGCAGGACAUUGACUUCUUUGGUUUUGCAGCUAUGCUCAGAAUUGGCUCAUUGGGAUUGUUUCGUUCGGUGCUCAAGUUUGAAAGCACUACACAGACUGAUGAAACCUGUUUGGUGCAGGUGGAAAACGUUUUUCUACCCUAAUCGUGUUUCUUGAAACCAUGCAGCAACUUCCAACAGUGCAAUAAACAGCUGUGCUAGUGGUGGGCCUCUGGUCUUCUUAAAUGUCAACAGCCAGAGGAAACCUACUUUGGAAAGAUUCCAAUGGAAAAAAAGCUCUAUAGAAUCCACUGGAGGACACUAUGGUGAGAAAAAGCCAUCUCUGGUUUGGGUGCUGCAGGAAGGCAUCCAUAGCAACACUUAAAUGGCACUCCAGGGCUUUAUCCUUCCAGGUCAUCACUUUUUUCCAGUGCCCACCCUAUGCAUCCAAGUGGCUUGCUAGAACCUGCGGAAUUUCCUUUCAGGUUGUCUCAGGGGAGUGAAAGGGCUGCCACAAAUCAACUUUGUACCAAGCCUGUAAACACAACUUUUCCCACUUUGCGGUUGUAUUCACCUCCCUUUCCAUAUACAUUCAUGGGAGUUUUCCUUAUCCCUUAAGUUGUGACUUUAGAACGCUACUGUAAUUAAACAUUUAAUCCUUAA